CACACUUCGUCAAUUCAUAUCGUCUGCCCACGCCAGGAUGCAAAGCAGAGAAAUGUUUCCGCCCGUGUGUCAUCUUCCGCUCUCAUAACUGCUCGAUGCUUCUGAAUUAGCCCCUUCGCGUUUUUUUCCCCCUUUGCAUUUAUUUUCUUUUUAUUUAUUUUAUUUUUGUGGGGGGUAACUAAACGCUGAAGCGUUUUCCAUUUUUUUCCUCCCGGUGAUCAUCAUUUUUGGGACCGCACAGCAUGCGAGCUAAAGGGCUGGAGACUGGCGGAGACUCAGACUGAGAUCUACACUCAACAUAUACACCGAUCCACACACAACACUGUGUGCGUCCUUCCUGGACUACAUCUCGGACUUGAGUGGCUUUGGCUCCGUGAACGCAUCAUUUGCCAUCGCGAUGUCCAUCAGGAAGGCACCGUUGACGCGAAAGCAGUCUAGAAACGGCACGUCCAAAUAUGUGUUGGAGCGGUGCGCUUCUAUUAACGAGUAUUAUGAUAUUGCCUUCAAGGUGAUGCUGUUGGGAGACUCCUCCGUGGGAAAGACGUGCAUCUUGCUGCGAUUUAAAGACGGAGCAUUUGUGGGAGGCAAUUUUAUCGCCACCGUUGGAAUAGACUUUAGGAAUAAAGUGGUCGACGUCGACAACCUGAAAGUCAAACUCCAGAUCUGGGAUACAGCCGGCCAGGAAAGAUUCCGAAGCGUGACACACGCCUACUAUAGAGAUGCCCAAGCACUACUUCUGCUUUAUGAUAUCACCAAUAAGCCAUCAUUUGACAAUAUCAGGGCUUGGUUAAAUGAAGUACAUGACUAUGCCCAGAAGGAUGUGGUCAUCAUGUUGCUCGGCAACAAGUCAGACAUGGCCGCAGAGCGGGUGGUCAAGACGGAGGAUGGCGAGAAGUUGGCUAAGGAAUAUGGAGUGCCAUUUAUGGAGACCAGCGCAAAGACCGGCAUCAAUGUGGAGCUGGCCUUUCUAGCGAUCGCAAAGGAGCUGAAGCACAGAACCACACAACAGCCAAACGAGCCCAAGUUCCAGCUCCUCGACUACAUCGAAUCUCAGAAGCACAAGACCGGUUGCUGCAGCCUUGUGUAGCUAAAGCCGACACUGGGCUGGGAGACACACAUACACACACACACACAAACACAGACGGGGAUCAAGACAGAGGGUGGGAGGGGGGGGUGGAUAAGUAAAGCCAAUCCCGGCACUAAUCCUAAGAAGUGAGCGUCCUCCUCUUCUCCACUCUACUGAAUGACAGUGAAUCCGAUUGCCAUCCCUUAUCAAAAAUGUGAAUAUCACUCUGUAGAAACGUGUUGUGCUCUUUGUGGUGACAGUUGUGAUCAAACGAAAAAGCCAGAUUUGACAAAAGGAAAACGCUAGAUCCGUCUGCAGGGAUAACGUAGAGCUUGGUCAAGUUUUAUACGAACAAUCAAUAUGACUGUUGAUUAGGGAAUAGAAUGACUUUGUCUUCAUGUCACAUUUCAGAGGCUGUGAACUCAAUCCCUUUUUUGGCCUUAGUCUUAAUCUUCGCCUAGUGUGCAGACGGCGUCCGAGUCGAGCUGUAGCUACAUCUCCACAUGCGUAAUGUUGUUACAAUAAAAUCAAUGGUUGCAGGGCUCCUGCCCGGUGUGUGUGUGUGUACACACGAUACCUUGAGGCUCAUACCUGAAUUUUAUUCAAUGAUUUGCUGCAGGAUCUUUUCAUCGUUGCACCGGAGAUUAUUUCCUGCCCUGCUUCGAGAGUCCCCAAAACGUUUACUGUACAUCCUUAUUUCACAAACACUCUGAAACGUAACCGUGUCACUUUUUAACAAUCAAUGUUGUUGUGGAGACUGUACAGAAGCCGUAAUUGUUUCAUGCACUGUAUUGUCUUGAUUUGUACAAUGUUCAUUUUCAAUGUUUGCUUGUCACAUGUGUUCCUUCUUGGAGGUGUCAUGGUGAUCACAAAGUGCCAUGGAGAAAAAAAAAGUGCUUUGUUAUCAUAUUCUAUAUAUAUAUAAAGUAUAUUUUGUAAUGUA